CGCCAGUGAUUUAUCUUUAGCCUUAGUUUACUCUGCAGCCAAAUUUGCUCAUCCGGGCUCCGGGGGAGAAGGCGUCUAAAACCCGUGAAACUCGAUAAACGCGAACUUUUUUUCGCCUCGUGCGAAGCCAAAAUGCGCCCGUGGGCAGCCCAAGGGGUCAACCGAGGCGGUACCGUGACGCCACAAAAGAGCGCGGCAGCACCACAUUUCGCGAGUGGCCAUUUCGCUCUUGAGCCCACCACAAUCGAUGCGCUCUCCGACGCGAUGCGGGCACCGCCCAGCUCAAAUAAAGGUGGGUUCACCUGGGGCACCGCGGACAACUUCAAGCGCCCGAAAAGCUGGAAAUCGUCGGCUCCGCGGCGGCCGCAUCGAAGUCGACGCAGGAUGAACUGAGAGCUUCGAGGGGGCUCCUGCGAGAAGCCACGGGCCCGGGGACCGGCGCGGGGUCAUAAUCGAUGAUUCCCGACACUGCGGCCCGAACGGCGGCAAUAAGCGGCAAGUCGCACCUGUAACGGCCCACUUCCUGCAACGCACGCUUCUCCAAACUCCGCGCAGGGAUACAUAAGGGCCUGAAGCCUCUUGUUCUCGAGUUGCGCCCUAAAUCCAUCGAGUGUGCGGCAGCACUAGCUAUAGACCCGAUUUAGGGGGCAGCGCCUUCAUCACACCAGAGGGCCUCAUCACCACAACUAGCCAUCCCGGUAGGUAGCCUUGCCUCCAGACUCGCUCAGCUCGGGUCCUGGUUUCGCGCUCUCCUUUAGCUUGAGUGCCGGACCGCUUUGCCCUGCCAUCGUGUUUGUGGGCGCGUGAGCGCGACGAGGCAUGAAAAAAUUUGAAUUAAAAUUCAUCCGUGCUCCAGAGCCCUGUGCUACGAUAGCUUGACGGUUUUGGGGUCUAUUCCCGCAGGCCUGGUAUAUGUUUGGCUGAGAAAUCUCCUGAGAAUGGUGGCUUGACGCAUCGCAAUGGCCAGGGCGACCCCCCCGGGAGGACGCUGCUGGGAUGCCGACUUUUCGUUCGAACCCGACCAACUGACAAACAAUUUCUUGAUUGAGUCAAGCCAAUUAAUACACGGCGGUUCGGGUAGUUCGGGGAGCCCAGCGGGAAACGAAGACUGGGAUGCAGAACUUGCGCUAUGUAAUACCCUGUCUGCAAUCUCCACUGAAGAACCAAAAUCUGCGCUACCUGGUACAGCCCUACCAAACACCCAUGAGCAUUCAUGCACGUCGCCUCGAGUUGACUCGCUCCUCGAGUACCUUGAUGAACAUAUUUUUGCGGAUGCAACCAUCUUCAAAGAUAAGCAAGACACUCAGUACAUGCCCCAACAACCGACACUGUUUUCAGCCUAUCUUUCCUACCGGCGACAACGUACCGCUGAUUACAGAACCUGUUGUCGUAACCUCAACAGAUGUAUUAGCACAAUUUUGAGAUCAUCACAACUGCAAAAUAUUGUCUCCGAACCUAAAUCAAAUAACAAGGUUGCUUGUGCUCCACUUGCAGAAAUGGCGGCAAUCUCCUCGUAUCCAAGAGCUCCAGAGUCAGCUCCAUGUACCAUCACUUGGCUGCGAAACCUUUGCCUUAAAGUUUCUUACACGUCGGCGGUUGUGGCACGACCCUCACCACUAAAAGUCACAGAAACAAUAGAGCGAGAGCGUUCACCAAGUCAAGAAACUGCACUGGAACAGGCAUUGCGCGCAGCAGAAAUGUCAUACUGCAACGAGAAUUGGCGUGACUGUGGGGCACAAAUAAAGGCUCUUCUCCAUCGUCUGGAACAUGCAACAAUGGCUAAACCAGCCACACUUCGGAUAUUAACUUUUGGUGAUGGUCUUAAUAGACCUACAACGUUGGAUGAUGACUUGCGUUGCCGCCAGUGUUGUGCACGCCUCUGUCGUCUAGUCUGCCGUUUUGUUCAACGCUUUGACGAGUUGUGUGCCGCAAAAAUCAUCAAAUCAACUCGUCAUGAGAUUCCGCUUUUGUUAGACAUUCUCUCUCUCGACGCCAGUGAUCUUGCUGCUUUUCGCCGCGGCACUUCAGCGCUGGUGUAUGAUAUAGUCGACAUUGUGCUUAGAGCUAGAAGCAGGCUAACAGUCGACGAGGCAAUUGCACACCUAGCACUCGUAGGCAGCACAGUGUCCGGCUUUUAUCUGAAGCAGUCGAUCUGUCGCAAGUAUAGGUCCAUGUACGUCCAGUGCGUCGAUUUAUCUGCAAAUGGACCAGACGUGAAACAACAAAGCCCCAACAGUUUCGCACUGGCUGCUGGUGCUCUGCACUUCCACCGCUAUCUUGGUCUGGCAUAGCAUCAGCUUUUGGCAUGGCAAACACGCUUCGUAGGAAACUUCUCUUUGUUGCUGCUGAGGAGCUGGAGGCCCUUGCCCUAUCAGAUUUGCGAAUGGAGGCCAUCGGCUUUUCGCCAUUAACCGGAGAAAAUUUGAUGCUGGACGAAACAGAGUUUGAUUUUGUCUCUGUACGUCGUAGCCUGGAAGUGGAAUUCUGCGAUACAACUUGCGAUAAUAGUUCUGUUGGGUGCGGGGGUGAAUUGUCCUCGCCGACCUCUCGACUUGUUGAAGGACGACUGGCUUCUCUUGUGUCGGCACUGCCCCCGGCAAGCUUGCCGCGGGCUAAGGCUUCCCUUGCUCUUGGCCUCAGCUAUCUCAAAGGUGUUUAUGGUUCUCGUAAUGCCGUUUCAUCCAUGGGUGUUUGCAAACAAAUCAGGCGCGGUCAUAGGAGUCCCCAUGCAGCGACGCAGGAAAUUCGGAUUGCUGAAAUGUUGCUGUUCGAGGCAACGUGUGUUUUAGACCAACACACAACCACAGAGCCAGCCUAGAGCCAGAGCAAAUGUAUUUUAAAAACCCAUGCACUCAAUUUAUAUCUAGGUCGAUCUCCCGUCUCAUGCACUUCAAUUUGAUGUUAAUCUAUCAAGGGUUCAUGCAAGUCCACUAGCUUAUUCUACUCUAUCAUGUUCGCUGGGGUAUACAGCACUCAGAGCUCUUGCACGAGCACUUGACCGACGAGCAAAAUAUGCAUACACACUUCUAGUCCUUGACAUUUGCGUGGCAAUUUUAGCACUCCGCAAUGACAUGAAUGAAAGAAGAAAGUUGCGACGUGAAUUAUGCGUCAUAGCUGCCCGUCAAAGUGAUGAUAGGACUGGCUCAACGCACUGCAAACUUGUCCUUGCGGACCUGUACCAGCACUUCGAGUGUGAGCAAGAUAAUAAAAAUACAUUUCCUAUAGCAGAUUGGGGAACAAAUCACCAUGCCAUGGAUUCAAUUGUGACGCAAGAUAUCCACGAGUUCCAAUUUACGACCGAACUGCUGGUAAAGCAGCACGUUAACGCAUGUGACGUUCGACUUGUGAACAACGCUUUGUUGGAGAUUGACACUACUCUUUCCAAACGCCAUCGGCUAUGUACAACACAUAUAACACACACUACAUCACAGGAAUUUGAAAUUGCAAUACAGCAUGCUGCAUCAUUUGCUACUCAUCUCCUAGCCAAACAGUGUGACCCCGUUUCUGCGUCGCACUGCCUAAGGCAGGUGUUAACUACAAGGCCAGCAUCAAGUCGCCGCCGCAUUGCCAGUUUAUCGCACUAUACUGAAACUGAAGUUCUUUGUGGAAAGGCUGUGAGUGCGCACACUGCCCUCCGGCGAAUUCAACGCCUUCGCCAACGUCUACCUGGCUUGGCAAGCCCCACGAUAACUCACCAACCAAACUUCUUGUGGGAGAUGCCCAUUAAGGGGAGGGGUGUCUCUUCUUGUGAAGAAGGUGUCGACCUUGGUAAAUUAUUUGCACAGGUAGCGUUGUUAGGCGGACAACCUAAGAUGGCAUGGAGGUCACUUGGCCCCACGGUUGCUGCUGUUGAGUCUGUAGUUUCUCGUGUUGGAUCCGUGCAAGGGCUGUAUGAACUUGGCGCACUCUAUGAGCUUCAGGGUCAGGCGCAGGUUGCCAUAAAAAUUGAGGCGACACAAGCACUUUCAUGCGUUGAUGGUUCUUGUGGCGCUGUACUCCACCGACACCAACCAAACAUCGUCAAUGCAUCUACUAGAAGGAAAAUAAAUUUAAACGUGACCAAUGAAGUGUCACUCUGUUCCCGGUCUCACAAUUUUUGUGAUCCGGUCGGUGCCCCACGUUGGUACCGACAAGCACUCGAAUGCUUUAAGGCAAUCGACGACUAUUUUGGUGUCGCACAUGCCGCUGCAGCUUUUGCCUCAGCUAGCCUUGGUGUAGUGUUUGCAGAAACUACCAUGCAACAAAAGGGACAACAAGGGAGUGCUGAUGAAAUUGAUGUAGCAGCACACCAUGCACUGGAACUUGCCGCAGUGAUAAGUGAACCUCUUCUUCUUCUCGAUGCUUACCUCAACGUUGCAGAGUUGCGAUACAUUCAAGAUGAUCCUUUAAGUGCCAUCGCCCACUGGUGGGAGGCACGGGAAAUACUGUUGCGACUCUUCGUUGAUGGUUUGUUCGUCCCUUUGGUUCCUAUUGCAGCUUCCACUGUCCUUGCAAAUCUGCGACUGAUAUUUGAGCGCUUGCUCCGUCUUCUUGCUGCGGUUGCAGAUAGAGCAAUGAUAGAUGAAAAUCUCAUGCUUUUUGACAUCUUUGUUAUCUUUGAGCGUGAUGUGCGUCGCAGAUUGACCUGGCCUCUUGUCACUUACCAUAAUGCCAGUAGCCAACAUAGAAACCAUAAACACCAUGUGCUUGACUCCCUUGCUUGUUGGAGGUGUCUUGUGAGAAUGCAUGCAAACGUGAGCCACCAUCGCCUAGGCAACCUCAACCUCUACGAAUUACAAGGCAGAAACCGUGGUGCUCUUCGUGAGUUCGCUGCUGGGAUGCGUCGUCUACGCCGUUGGUCUGCAGAUUGCACAAUCGCGAAAUUUUGUUGUGCACCAGCUGCGUACGCGAUCCACGCUGCCAAUUCUUUAAUUGUCUAUGCCCCGCAUCUUGGUUGGCGCCACAUGAUCACCUUUGGUCAAUUUAAUCAAGGUCUCGACGCGGUUUCUGCCUCUCUUGUCGGCGCAUUUGCAGGUACACGGCGUGUGAAGGUGAGGAUGAAUAGAGUUGAACAUCGGAGGUGUAUCAUCAAGCGCAUCGCUCAUAUGAUUGCGCUUCCGCACAAUUUUUUUUCAGCUUUGACUACUUUUGAGGAUGAGAACGGGUCGUUUAUCACACUUCUCUGCUCCGAGCGAGCUCAUGUGCUACCCUGGGAGUGUUUUGCUGACACUGCGGUCUCUCGAAUUCUGUGCGCCAGUGAUGUCAUCAACAAGCAUAUUCCCGAAUGGUUUGUUGGUAGUCACCAGCAUGCGCAUGCCAGCAACAAGAUCCAAAGGUGGUGCAGAAGUUCUCCUUUGAAUACAAUAGAUGAAGCGCCAAUGCAUAUUGCAUUUGAGAUGAAGCAUGUCAUUGACUCUCUUGUUGCUGAUCUAACUCAAUCUCAAUGUGAUGAAGGUCACUUUCUUCCACUUUACCCAAACAUGCCUUACCUCAGAAACGAUCAAUUCCUCGGUACUAGACGCGCAAAAGCUCAUUUAUCUUCGCAGAUAAUCGAUAGUAACACACCUCCGUGCAAAGUCAUCCCCUUGUCACAGCUUUACGCACCUCGAGAUGCCCUAUUGACCCAGGCCAUGGGAAAAGAAUUGUUUUUUGCUCCAGAUCCACUUUUGUCUCACAUAACGGCCAGCCUGGAUACCCAACGAAGCUGUGUCAAAUUCAAUUGGCUUGCCAAGGCACUCGCUGAUGAAUUAGCAGUGCCUAUCGUCCAUUUACUUAGAGCCAAUAGCAUGGUUGGCGUUGACAAGGGGACAUAACAGAUAGAAGACGGACCCGGUGGCGCUUUAUGCGAUAUUCUUCAAGCCUGCCCUUUUUCUUUGAAGAUCCUGGGGAAUCUUUCGAGGAGAAUCACUUGUCAGAACGAAACUCUUACCGGACCGCGACUCUAAUACAUACAUACAUACAUACAUUACAUACAUACAUACAUACAUUACGACAGCGAAGGCUCACGCCGAGCGGUUUGUGUUAUCGAGGCGAACAGGUUUGCCUAGAACUGCAGGUCAGUAGUACAUUUGUUUGUAAUGACCGGCACGCCUUGUCCUUAA